AUUUUUUUGUUUGUUAUUUUACUACUUUAAAAAAGUCCGAAUCUUUUUUAAAUUUCAUUAAGAGAAAAAUUGUUCUCAAAUUUUUAUUUCUUUUUAUUACUAACUUUUCAUCAAUCAAAUAGAAGCUUUUUCUCGUAUUAAGAUACUUCUUGCAUAAUUUGGGUGUCCUUAGAUUCAUUAAAUCCUCUCCAUUACCAUAAAAUAACAUAUGUAUAUUUUCUAAAAAUGUGCAUUUGAUACUUUGAGUGAGCUGUCAAAUCUGUUCAGUCUAAUGCCCCAAUAGCACACAUAUAUUAUAUAAUAUUAAACAAUAUUUGCAAUUUUGGAUAAAAUUGUUAAAUAUUGAAUAAUAUAAUAUCAUACAAUAUUGACCACAUUUUUGUUACUUGGUGCUACUUGGGUAAUGGAAACUUGCCUUCAUACAACAGUUUUCUAAACAAGCAUCUACUCUAUUAAUAUUUUUGCUUUAUUAAAUGACACUUAUAAUAAAUUGGUAUUAACUACCUUCGGCGACUUUAACUUUGUUCUUUCAUCGUAUUAAUAAUUCUAAUUCAGUCACUUGUAUAAUUUAUGAUGAGUCACAUCUUAACACAAAACAAAAGAAAAUAGUAUUUUAAAUUUUGCUUGAACAAUAACAGUGGAUCAUUUUGACAUGGAAACCUGGAGCACGCAUUGGAUAUUAAUUUAUCUAAAGUAAGCAUAAUUUUUAUAAAAUACAAUUUUAAAAAUCUAAAUACAAUCAUCAAAUUAUAUUCUAUGCAAUCAAAAGUAUUUGAUAAAUCUAGUUUUGUAUUUUUCACAAAUUCUACUAAAUAAAUUUCGUUUAAUUUAUUAUCAGAAUGAAAUUGAUUUAGAAAUUUAAAUUGCAAAAAUGAGUCCUUUUUGAAUCAAACAUUAUACAAUCACAUUUUUUGAACAACUGAUCUUUAGAGUGAAAAAUCAUACGAAAUUUCAAGUACAUUCUUCAAAUUCGGAUUUCAACAGAGAAACAAAAAAGUAUCUUUCUUUUUAUUUUUUCAUGUAAUUGGUAGAAUAUGUAGUUCUUUCUGACCUUUUGAGGAUUUACUAUUCUGGUUUUCGCUCAAUAGCAAACAGUUUAGCUUUUCUACAUGCAAUUCAACUUGCAAAAAAAAAAAAAAAAAAAAUGCAUAAGCUACAUACAUUUAGGAUAAAAAUAAAUAAGAUAAACAUGACAUAUUGCGAACUUGGAAAAAUAACUUGGAGCGAAAUCAGGCACAAAAUUUAGAAUAACAAGCAAGAUAAACAUAACAUUUUAUAAUUACAUCAAAAAAUUAAAGUUACGAGAAAAAUAUAUUCAGAAUAUGAACAGAAUUUAGAAUAAUAUGACCUCUAAAUUGAUAAAAAUGCAAAUUAAAAAUAAAAAUAAUGAAUAUUUCAAUAAUUGUAAUAAUAAAUAACACAAGAAAAAGCAGUGAGAAUAAUUUAAUAAAAAAAAAUGAAUGAAAUCAAAAAGGGUAAAAAAAUUAUCAAAUAAAGCAUAUUCAAAAUCUAACAUUUUGUUUGAAAUUUAAUAAUUUUCAAACAAAAUGUUUACUAAUAAUAAAAACAAGUGUGUGUAUGUUUGUUGGCAUUCUUCAGGACUGGUCAGUUGACCUCGAGUUUCUAGAUUUGGGAUGAAACUUUAGUGACUAUGAUUAUAACCUCCAGCCAUUAAAAUUUUUUAAUUAAUUAAAAAUUAAUUAGAAAAAUUUUGAGGAGGGUUUCCGGAAGGUAUUAUUCCCGAAAACAUCAUUGAAAAGCUCAUUUUUACAUCAUUCAAGUUCUCUUUUAAAAAAAUUGCAUUUUCAAUAAUAACAAUUUAACUAUCGAGUAAACUUUCUUCCAAAUUUUAGCAAUUUUUUUUAUAAUUUUUUUUGCCUAAUUAUCAGCAAAAGCUUUUAUUAGUGCAAUGAAAUUCAAACCAUCUUCAUUUUUUCUUUAAAAAUUUCUCGUGCAAUUUUCUCCCAUUGUAAAAAAAAAAAAACUCAGGAAUAUUGUUUAUUAUCCGAGAAAAAUGCAUAUUAAAAAAGAAAUGAACUGGCUGUUACAUUUUUUAUUAAUACUAUGAUAUAAUGUGAGUUGACUUAUUCAGGAGAGUAAAAAUAGGCGAAGGUAGUUAAAAUAACAGAGUUUUAAUAUCUGUCACAAUCUGAAGCUUAAAUUCUUGAAGAGGUCAAGAAUAUCAAGUUGAGCAAGAGAUUUAGUUGAAGUAUGAGUAAGAGAUUUAAUUGAAAGUAAAACGAACCAGUACUUCCAACGAAACAUCUGGAUACGAAAUAUUUUUAUUAAAUAUCGCAUCGGCCAAUGUAGCGGAUUGGCAUGAGCGAGGAUAGAACCUGGGACCUUGUGGUUUGCAGUCCACUAACAUGACCACGAUACAAAAGCAAUUGCUCGGCCAGCGUAGAUGUUAACUGGCUUAUAAGCUUUCACCACAGAAUCAUCAGUUCAUAUCUGUACUCAGAUAAGCUGUAAACAGGUUAAUAUCUUGGGAAAGGCAAAUCAUUUUCAUUUAGUCACACAACAGUUGAGUUAGGCUUUUAGAAAGUGAAAAGAAAUUCUGUUAGUAUAAGUUUAGCGCCGUCCUCGAAGGAAAUAUUAAUAUUGCUGAUUAUUUCUUUACAGAAUCGCUUCGCCAUCACACGCCACUGAAUACAUACAAUGGAGGACAACUUUCCCGAAACAAUGGAUAUCAAAGAAGCAUCAUAUUCACAAAAAUGGAAGUUUUGGAAAGAUGAAAACUUCAAGAGAUUGCUUCCAAUAAAAGCGCAUUAUUUACUAAUAUUUGGCGGAAGCUCAGCAAUUUAUCCAUACAUCUACAUAUACGCUAAACAACUGGGAAUGACUGCAGAUGUUGUAGGGUACAUCACAUCUGCAAUGUGGUGUAUAACAGUAUUGUCAAGACCACUGUUGGGAGGACUGGCAGACUACUUUCAGAAGUUCAAGUUGGUGCUGAUCUGCAUGCUCGUCACCAGCAUCGUUACAGAUUUGGGUCUCAGCUUCAUACCGAUGCCUAAGCAAGGGAACAACUCGAAUUCCACAAUAAACUCUACAGUCAUUUGUCAUCAAAAUAAUUCAUACUCCAUUCAAUAUAGAACUGAUGCUUGCGGGACGACUCUCUCAGACUGCACACAAAACUGCCUCCUUUCUUGUUCGUUGUGUGAAGCUAACAGUAUAAACUGCAUAGAUGAUACAUCAGAAGAAGCACUUAUAGGAUGCUUAGAAAAAUUCAGCAUUAGUUGUGCAGAUGAUACAACGAAAAAUAAAUGCAAGACUGGUGUAACCGAAAAUUCUACUGAUAGUGAUUAUUCAGUAGUAAAGAAUCCUCCUUUACAAAUAGCUUUAUUUUCCACCUUCGCCACAAUUUUUUUCAUAUGCCAAACAACUGUCGAAUCCCUGAGUGAUGCUGCUUGCGGUAAGGCUCUCGAAGAUAAAAUGGAACUGUAUGGGAGACAAAGAAUGUGGGGAACAAUCGGCUGGGGAUUGUUCUCCCUGUUGGCUGGAUCUUUGAAUCAUGCAUUCUCGGAGUCAGACAGUGUCAUAAAUUAUAUGCCUGGAUUCUACACGUCUGUAGUGUUUUAUACUCUGGACGUAUUUAUGAUUUCUAAACUGCAGCUGAAACACUCAAGAUCGACGACUAAUGUUUUCAAAGAUGUUGGAUGGCUUCUAUUGAGACCAAGAAUCUUAUUUUUUAUCUUGCAGGUGGCAGGCAUUGGAAUGAUAAGAGGCAUUUUCACCACAUACUUACUUUGGUAUUUGGAGAAUUUAGGCGCAAGUGCAUUGCUUUUGGGAUCCAUAACGUCAGUACAGAGUUUCUUGGGGGAAGUUCCCUUUCUCUUCAUCUCCGGGUGGAUUAUUCGGAAGAUCGGGCAUUUGAACGUGUUCACAAUGUCUUUUAUUGCACAUGGAUUGCGAUUCCUUGCAUACGCCUUCAUCGAGAAUCCUUUGUGGGGACUACUCAUAGAGUUUCUGCAAGGCCCAUCGUAUGGGAGCUUCUAUGCAGCUCUCACGACUUACGUGAAACUGGUAGCGCCCAAAGGAGCUGAAGCAACUGUACAGGGAAUAUCUUUAGCAGCACUCGAAGGAUUAGGCACGGCAGCAGGAAGCUUGUUGGGUGGCUACUGGAUGCACCAGGACGGCCGCCAAGCCUUCUUCCAGGCUGGAAUCCUGUCCAUUGUGUUCGGGAUGGCCACCUGUAUCAUGAAUGGCCUCAUCAUGUGUAAACUAGUAAAGUGAGAGGGUUAAGAGGAAACAGAGGCUCUUUGAAGCAGGGUUCACACGAGGCCAACUAUUGCGCGCAAUAGAAGGUCACGCCUACUUCAGGAAAAUCACGUGGCCGCAAUGGGACAAUGGCAGAUAGCCAUUGUCUCACUUUUUGCCAUUGUCUCGUUGGGGUCAUGUAAUGUACCUGAGGCAGAUAUUAAAACUAGACUGGUGAAGAGGUUAAACCUUUAGAAAGGUGCAAAAUAGGGGCCACAAAAAUAUAAACAUAUUAUUGCCUAAAUUUAAACAAAGGGAAAAGGAACUAAGUUAAUCAUUAUAUUUAUAUAUAUAGCUGGAUGGCUGAUGAUAUUGGUUGUAUUUAAUAGCAAUUAAAUCCCUUAUAUAUUAUUUCA